AUGUCAUCCAAUGGAGAGAUUGAAGUAGUCUCAGGACGUUAUCACAAGUCAGAAAUCACGAUAUUGAAACGAGUCUCUUUGGUGGAACAGUAUAUUUAUAAAAAUGAUAAUUCAGUUGAUCUAUUCAUUACUGGCGGUGGCGAUGGGAAUGUGAUUCUUUACGAGGUUGAUGCGUCCCAUACUCUCAUUCGCUACCUUUUGACUUUAGAUGGUCUCAGGGGCUCAGUCGCGGCAUUGUGCGGGAUGUUAUCUGGAUCCAAGCUUAUCAUAGUUGCUUCUUGGGUAGACGAAACCACUUCUGGCGUACGCGUAUGGUGGUUGGAGUACUCAGAUUCGAAAUUCUCUGUUUCCCAUUUCUAUGAUGUUACUGAGUUGGGAAAUGCAUUUGUUUUAGCUUCUGAUAUGCAGAAGAUCUCAAACGGUCGCAAGUUGUUAGCAUUCGGCACUACUAAGCGAACAAUCGAGCUAUAUUGUGAAUCACUUUGUGAAAAGACCAUUAAGCCAGUGCUGUCAAUCGUUGGUCAUGAAGACUGGAUUCAUUCGCUAGCCUUUAACCAGCAAUCUCCCACCCUUUUGGUUACUGCCGGUCAAGACACGCAAGUGAAGCUGUGGCGCAUUGACGCAAUAAUUAAAUCGAACGAUGCUGCUGAAAUUAGCGUUUUCAAGAAUACUUUUACUAUUGAGAGUUUGAAGCCAGGUCAGCGGUCAUACAAUACGUAAAA